AAGAUAAACAAUAACAACAACAAUGGCGUCAGUAGCGACCCAUAUAGUUGUUGUUGUUACCAUGUUGGUCUCAGCCAUGGCCGUAGCUUCAGAGUCCAACAUGCUUCAAGAUAUUUGUGUAGCUGAUUUGUCCAAUGCCGUCAAGGUCAACGGAUACACAUGCAAGGACGGAACACAAGUAACACCGGAAGACUUCUACUUCCAAGGCUUAGCCUCCCCCUCCGCCGCUUCCAACACCUCCACGGGAGCCAUAGUAACCGGAGCCACCGUAGAGAAGCUACCAGGACUCAACACACUCGGCCUCUCCAUGUCCCGCAUAGACUACGCACCAAACGGCCUAAACCCACCGCACGUCCACCCACGCGCCUCCGAGAUCAUCUACGUCCUAGAAGGUCAGCUCUACGUCGGCUUUGUAACAACCGCUGGAAAACUCGUCGCCAAAUACGUUAACAAAGGAGAAGUCUUCGUUUUCCCCAAAGGACUUUUACAUUUUCAGAAGAACAUUGCUAAGUCUGCUCCAGCUUCUGUAAUAGCAGCUUUUGAUAGCCAGUUGCCUGGAACACAGUCGCUUGUGUCCUCUCUCUUUGGUGCUCUUCCUGAAGACAUUCUUGUUAAGUCUUUCCAGUUCAAACCCAAACAGGUUAAGAAGAUCAAGUCCAGAUACCAACCCAAGAAAUGAGACAAGAACAGAACACAACACAAUCUUUCUUCUUCUUUGUUUUGUUGCUCCAUUGUAAUAAAAGAUGUACUUAAAACUAAAAGCAAAGAAGAUUCUUGUCUUAAAACAGAUAUUUCUUUUUUAGCAAAUUCCUUAAUACAAGUUUCAUAAAAUGUGAAGAAGAAUCAAUAAGAGUUUCUUCAAUUAGCAGCCAAUGGCUGGUGUUGCCUUCCAUCUGGGAUUGAGAACAAGACGAUAGGUUUUGAAGACUUGACAAACGGCACAUCACAUCUGUAAUAGCCUUUCCUCUCAAGCUGAAUCACAUCACCACGCUGCAGGUUCCUCAUAUUGGAAUCACCAAGUGCCGACGUUUCCUUCUUCGUGUAAGGAUUCACAAAA